CCGAUGAACACUCACUCAUCAUCCACUGCCGGAGGGCAAUCGAAGAGAACCAAAAUGGGGCAACAGAAGAAGGUCGUGUCCUCUUCUUCGACUUCAGAAGGCGACUAUCAGCUUGUGCAACACGAAGUUCUAUACUCGACUGCGGGUAAUCAGUACGAAGUUCUCGAGUUUUUGGGACGAGGAACUUUUGGACAGGUGGUGAAAUGUUGGAAGAAAGGAACCAAUGAAAUCGUGGCGAUCAAAAUCCUAAAAAAUCAUCCUUCUUACGCAAGACAAGGACAAAUCGAAGUGUCGAUACUGCAGCGUUUGUCGGCAGAAAAUGGAGAUGACUAUAAUUUCGUCCGUGCUUAUGAAUGCUUCGUGCAUAAAAUGCACACCUGCCUCGUUUUUGAGAUGCUGGAGCAAAAUCUCUACGAUUUUCUCAAACAAAACAAAUUUUCUCCACUACCCUUAAAAUACAUUCGACCGAUUCUCCAACAAGUUUUGACAGCACUACUCAAACUGAAGCAGCUCGGCUUGAUUCACGCCGAUUUGAAACCUGAGAAUAUUAUGCUUGUCGAUCCAAUCAGACAGCCUUUCAGAGUCAAGGUAAUUGAUUUUGGGUCCGCCUCGCACGUUAGCAAGGCUGUAUGUUCUACGUAUCUUCAGUCACGCUAUUAUCGCGCUCCUGAGAUAAUCCUCGGCUUGCCUUUCUGUGAAGCCAUCGAUAUGUGGAGUCUCGGCUGCGUAAUCGCUGAGCUCUUCCUCGGUUGGCCGCUUUACCCGGGAAGCUCUGAAUAUGAUCAAAUAAGGUAUAUCUCGCAGACGCAAGGAUUACCGGCGGAGCAUCUCCUGAACGCUGCGACGAAGACGACUCGGUUUUUCAUUCGGGAACAAGCAUCCUCUUCAAAUUAUCCAUUCUGGAGAUUGAAAGGUCCAGAAGAACACGAAAGCGAGACCGGAAUCCGUUCCAAAGAAGCCAGAAAGUAUAUAUUCAAUUGUCUGGAUGACAUGGCUCAGGUCAAUGUUCCUGUCGAUCUCGAAGCGUCGGGCGGCGGCGAACUCCUCGCCGAGAAAGCCGAUCGCCGAGAACUCAUUGAUCUCCUCAAACGCAUGCUCACACUAGAUCAAGAGCGCAGAAUCACUCCCGGAGAGGCACUCAACACGAACUACGUCACACUGAACCAUCUUGUGGAGUACGCUCAUUGUCAGCAUGUGAAAAAUUCGGCCCAGGUCAUGGAAGCCACCUGUCACCGUCGCAUAAGACACCAUCCGACGGCUCAGGCGGCGGCAGCGUUGUAUCAUCCGACAGCGCUCUAUCGACCGUUUGCGGGUGCCCAGGCAUCGCAGUCCGCGCAGCAGGCCGCACCGCAAACCCAAAUUUGUUCGAUUCUGUGUCCGCCACAAGUUAACGCUUGUUUAAACUCUCCGAAACACAUGAUGGUACCCGCGGCUCAAGCUCCACACCAGCAGCUGCAAAUCCAACCUUUGCAUCUUGCCACUCAACAAUACGUUCCGGUCUCAGUCGUCGAACAGAACGGCCGACAGAUGGCGUUGAUCACGGACUCCAACCUUCUCUGUCCCCAGAAUCCUUCAUCUGCCGCGGCGGCGGCUACUUGGGCUGCGGCGGCCGCUGCGAUGAGCUCGUCGAGACCUCAUCAUAUGUUCGUGACUCCGACCAAUGUUUGGGGUGCUCCUCUGACCCGCGGCGAGGACCCGUGGGGGCGAGCCGGUCUCACUCUGUUGCCACCGCCACCAGCCCCCGUCUCGGUCGCGGACUGGAUGUCGGUCGGUCAGACUCCAUCGGCUGCUCACCAGAGCUCGCUGCGAUCAUCGACGCGCGAGCACUCGCACUCGAAGCGACAUCCAUCGUCUUCGAAGACGCAGCAGGUUUCGGUCGCGACGGCUGCGGCGUAUGCGCCUGCGGUUUCCUCGAUUCCCAACCUCAUCGGAAGCUCUUGUUAUCAGGCGCAAACGCCUGCCCAGCAGACGCAGCUGAGCCCUGUGAAGAAACGCGUCAAAGAGAAUACGCCGCCGAAAUAUCCCACGAGCGUGUCUUCUCUGCAACCGAACGUCACCCAAGGUGCCGCCACGGUUAAAUGGCAUCCGGAUCCCUCGCAGAAUUUGCAGAAUUCGCAGAAUAUCGUGUCGAACUCUCAGCAACAACAACAGCAGCAGCAGCAGCAGCAUCAGAGACAUCAUACGGCGACCUCGAGUUCGAACAACAGCAACGUCAUAAGCACUACAGUUCAUGGAGACAGGACCAUCGUCAUCCGCGACUCGCCAUCACCUUCUCGAGCCGUCUCGGUGAUAACUAUCAGCUCCGACAGUGACGAUGACGCUCCCACCCAGAACAGCGGAGGCUCGAAAAGCUCCACGGAUCGUGAAGGUUCCGGCGCGUCGAAGAGCAGUCAUCAGGCCACACCUCAGGACUAUCCGUCACGGGGUCGUGCUACUUCGUCCAAGAGCACGAUGUUGCUCAGCCACGACUCGCCCGGAGCCUCCGUUUCGGUGGGGAUCACACCCGGUGAACCUCAUCAAUAUUCGCCCAUCGUCAUCCAGAACAUCAAACACGAACCUCGGGAUGAGCAGCAAUUAUUGCACAAAGAUCGCUCGGCGAAGUAUGCGACAGUGCCGGGUCUCCAACAAACCUUCAAGAGGGAAGUGAUUUCCCAACUCCCCACUGCUCAUCUGUCGACUUACGUAGAUUCGGAGCGACUAUUGAAAGCAUCAGCAUCGUCACGAGUCCAGUCUCGCCAAGCACCUCUGCAGUUCGAGUUCUCCGGACAGCCUGCCGCUCACAUGGCACCUCAACCCCUCUACCUCAGUCAGCCUGACAUUUACAGACCUACCGCCGUGUACGUGGCCACCGGUAGCGGGCAAUUCCCUCCUCCACCCGCUCACCAUCAAUAUCCGCAGGUGAACCAACCUCCUGUCGGGUACGCAGCUCCGCCGGCGCAUCUGCAAUCUUCCUACCCGACGUACACGAGGAUCUCGCCGAAAUACCAUAAUCCCUACCAACCGAUGUGA